AUGGCAAGGACAGGUUCAACGAGCUUUAUUAACGUUCGUACAAUUUUCAGUUUUGCGGACAAAAUGUCGAUACCUGUGAGGCGUAUGGCUUGUCAGGUAGCAGCAAGCAACUUGGCAGCCGUUGUGUUCGGAGGACUGGUGUUCGCUUACUGGAGGUCAUUUUCAUUAGUCGACUUCUUCAUGUUGGUUCUCUUCAUGUUCUUCGCCUUGACUCAGCUGUUUUUGUACGCUUGGCCUGCUGACCACUUAAUUCAAUCGAGCCUACGAGUAUCAGAAACCGUUUUGCAUAGCCAGUGGAUGGGAAAAUCGCCGCAGACGCGCAAGUUGUUACUCUUCAUGAUGCAGAGGGCCACUCAGCCAUUAGUCAUCAAAGUGGACGGCCUACUUCCGGGUUUGAAUCUGGAAAUGUUUGGAAGUGCGUUGUCGACUAGUUUCUCGUACAUCGCAACGCUGCUAACUAUUUUCGGCAACUGA